CCGCAUGCUCUCUCUCUUCACUGCUUUCUCUCUCUAUCUCUUCCAAGAAACGGUACUUGGUGUCGUGUACCCUUGAUGCAGAUUGGGAUCAAGAAUCGGUUGGAUCGGCUUCUUUAUUGAUGUGAAGGAGUUGGUAGCAGUAUCCUGGAGGAGAUCGAGCGGAGCGCUUUCGAUCGAGUUUGGUGUUGGUGGAUUUGGCCGACCGUGGGAGUAUGAGGUGUUUUUGAUAAGUGCUUUACUUUCUUUGGCUUGCCAUGGCAGGGGAAGUUGAAGACUGCAUUAACUUUCAGGCUGAUAGUUUGCCCACUGGUUCCAUAUCAUUUGGACGGUUUGAAACUGAAACACUGUCCUGGGAAAGAAGGUCAUCAUUCUCUCACAAUAGAUAUCUUGAAGAGGUGGAGAAAUACUCUACGCCUGGUUCAGUUACUCAAAAAAAAGCUUACUUUGAGGCCCAUUUCAAGAAGAAUCCAUUUCCACUUCAGUCUUCAUCUGGGAGCCAAAAUGAGACCGAAUGCCAAAAUAAUGAAAAUGGUUUUGAAAACCAUAUGAACUACAUGGAAGAUGUUGUAGAUUAUGGUGAUGAUGAGGCACCAGCUGUCCCAGAUGAAUAUGAAGUAAUUGAAUGUGAACGAGAAGAAAUUUCACAAUCUGAAUUUCCAGUGGGGGCUACUACCUUGGAUGAUGAGAGAGUUAUAAAGCCUACUACUGAACUAGUUGAUUAUGAUGAAACACUUCAAACAGAGUCUGGAAAUGAAAACAUUCCAUCAGAUAAGGAUCACUUGCAGAUACCCUUGGAACACAAGCUUGAAAAUGAGGCCACAACUGUAGAAGAAAUUCCUGAGAAGGACAUAGUUGAGGAGGGAGACAUUUCAUCUAUGAACCCUACAGUUGACAAAAAGAACACUCCUAGUCAGAAGAAAACACAAAGUACUUCUGUCAAGAUGAAGGGAACAGUUGAAGAGAAAACUGCAAAAGCAAAACUGAAGACCCAGUCACCUGUUACACAGAUUUCGAGAAAGCCUUCAGCUGAAAAGAAUCCUAUUCCUUCUGCUAAGGUGUUCUUAAAAAUUUCGGGAAAGGUGGAAGGGGAACAUAAACUGAGAACGCAGUCAGAAAAGCAAUCACCUUCAAGGGUCCCAAGAACUUCUUCAAAUCAGAAAUCAGAGUUGCAGGAUUCAGAAAGCCUUAAAACGAAAGUUAGACAAGUUAAUAAAAGUGAAAAACCGCUUAGCGGAAAGAAGAGUGUUGCUAUUCCUCAUCCCAUUUCUGGAAAAAGUGAAAUUGAUGCGCAGAAUUCUGCAAACAGGCCUGCACGAGUCAUUAAUUCUGUUAAGGAAGAAGCAAAACAAAGUAGAGCCUUCAAUUUCAGAAGUGGUGAACGGGCUGAAAAAAGAAAAGAGUUUUACAUGAAAUUGGAGGAAAAGCAUCAUGCCAGGGAGGCUGAGAUGAAUGAGAUCCAAGCAAGAACACAAGAUGCAAGGAAGCCUGGAUGCAAUCACAGUAGGGGUGGACGGCACCUGGGUCAUUGGUAUCCAACACCCAGUGACUUGACCAACACAACCAAUUACCGCCUCUUUAUGUAUUUGAAAGAAGAAAGAGAAGCUGCAAUAAGGCAGCUCCGGAAGAGCCUGAACUUUAAAGCAACACCCAUGCCUUCUUUCUAUCAUGAAGUUUCAAGAGCCGCUGAUGGGAAAAAGACUGUUGCAGCACCAGCAAAAUCUUUGAAGCUGCGAAGCAAGCAUACAAAUCCUGGCAGCAAAACAUCAUCUCAAGAGAGAUCUUCAGCAUUUGUUAAGGUAGCAAAUCAAGAAGGCCCCUCCACAGUUGACUGUUCUACAGCCUUCGAAGGUGAUACUGGCCCUUUGGUUCCACCAAAGCAACCAAAUAGUGCGGAUGAAACUCAGGCACUACAAUCUACUAAGAACACUGAGGCAAGGAAGGAGGAGAAGACCAAGCCUAAUCUACAGAAAGGAGAUGGCAGUGAUAACAAAGGGGAGAAGGUUAGUAGGGUGACGAGGAGUGGGGUGGGGAAGGUGAUGAAGGGUAUAGUUGGUGGAAGUGUGGCAGUCCAUGUUGCCUCUUGAGAUUUGUGAUCAUCAAUCAUUUUUUCAAUUCAUUCAGUGUAUUUAAUAAAGAGAAGGGCUUGAGGAAAGCUUCCUGUCAUCUUUUCUAUUAAGAGACUCGAAUUAGUAAUCUCAUUGUUAAUAAUUAUCACUUCCCUGCUAACU